AUACCAUUUGGAUUGAAUUUUGCAUUUUUGUCCCUAAUAGUUGUAAUGUUUUGAUGAGGGAAAUCAACAGGGCUGAAUUUAAUAAAACUAAAAUGUGAAUGGAUUUGCCAUACUUAAUUAACACUUGAUUAUUUUGCAAGAAAUCUUAAAAAACUUCACCUCCACUGGUUGAAUUUCCGGCUAAAGAUGUCAGUGAAUCGGAUCAAAUUGGAUCGUUCCAAAUGAACCAAUAUUUUAUGAAUGAUAUGAAUCGAAUCGUUCAAAUGAAUCGUUACUCUCCUACUUUUUAAUCAACACCAUGACCAAUCAACUUCAGUUUUCUUUCUUUUUUCUUUUUACAUCAAUCAAUAUCAAUGAAAUGUUACAAUUGUUGACCUUUGGCGCCAUGCAAACCCUCAAAUAUGUGCUGAAUUAUUAGUAAAAAUUAAUUAUUCUGUGGAGCCUUUCUUUUUCAACAGGUUACGACCCCCAAAUGACUCCAGUAGAACAAACCUGAGUGCGCAUUAAUGGAAAAUUUGCGUUUAUUAUUAAUAUUCUGCUAAUUACCUUAAUUUAAAAAUCCCAGAUAAUCCUAAUUUAAGCAAACAAGUCUCCCUCUCCCUCUUUUUCCUUUCCCCUCUCACUGUCUCUCUCUCUCUCACUGUCAUCUCGCGCGCGCGCUCUCGCCGCCUUGCGCACAUGGUUUUAGGGAAAUCUGGGAUUGAUUUUAAUGGGGAGUAGCCUACCCGGAGCUCGUUUUACAUAUGGACGCAGUGGACAGCUUUCAGUUGAGCGUCGGGCGCAGAUGGAUUCGGCGCUCCUCUCCACUUGUAACCAUGUGGCGUUUGACUUUCUGAUGGGAAAGCGGCGAUCCGAAAGGAAGACUCGGUGGUAAAAGAGGACAGUUAGAGGGGAAAAAAUGAGCCAAGUCUGAAUAGUGUGGAUCUUUUGGAUCUCUCUCAGCGGAUUUUCUUUAAAUACAUCAACAUAAACGACCUGAUCCUGGGGAAAGUCUCUGGUGAGCGUGGAGUGAAGGGUCACUGAGCUCAGACACUCUCCUUCCAUUUAUUCAGAAUUAUACAACACACUGGCAGAAAUCUCACAUUUCCCCAGAGUUGCACAUUCAGGUCGUGCUCAGAGAAUCCCCCAGCUACAAGGUUUUUAUACUUGCAGAAGUGAGGAAGCAGCUAGACACAGGCCCUUUGAGCAGAAUGAGGGGACCUUGGAGGUGCCUGCUGGGCCUGUUUCUCCUAGUAAAGUCAGUCUCCCCCCACAGCCCCACCAACCCUUUUGCAGGGCAGCAGACCCCUCUAGACCCCUGCUAUGACGAGACGGGCACAGCUCGUCGCUGCAUCCCUGAGUUCAUCAAUGCUGCCUUUGGCAAGGAGGUGAUGGUGUCCAGUGUCUGUGGCCGGCCGCCGUCCAGGUCCUGCAGCGUGGUGGAGCGCGGAGAUGAACGGCCUUCUGUGCGCACAUGCCAAAUCUGUGAUGCAGCCGACCCCCGCCGUGCCCACCCUGCGUCCUACCUCACUGACCUCAAUUCAGCCCACAACCUCACCUGCUGGCAGUCUGAGAAUCUGAACACCUCUCCUCACAACGUGACUCUCACUCUGUCGCUGGGCAAAAAGUUUGAGAUCACAUAUGUCAGCUUGCAGUUUUGCUCUCCAAGACCCGAAUCCUUGGCCAUAUACAAGAGCAUGGAUUACGGUAAAACCUGGAUGCCCUACCAGUUUUACUCUUCUCAGUGCAGGCGUAUGUACAAUAAACCUAACAAAGCGACUAUCACUAAACAGAACGAGCAGGAGGCUCUUUGCACCGACGGCCACACUGACCUCUACCCACUCUCUGGAGGACUCAUUGCUUUCAGCACUCUGGAUGGACGACCUUCAAGUAAAGACUUUGACAACAGCCCGGUCCUUCAGGACUGGGUCACUGUCACUGACAUCCGCGUGGUCUUUGGCCGGCCCCAGCUUUCCCGGGAGUUUGUGUUGGGAGCUGGAAGCAACAGCGGCGGAAGGGACGACGACCCCGUGGCAGUAACGUCCACGCUGUCGACAUAUUUCUAUGCAGUGGGAGACUUCCAAGUGGGCGGGAGGUGUAAAUGCAACGGUCAUGCCUCCCGCUGUUUGAAAGACAAAGAAGGCAAACUGGUUUGCGACUGUAAACACAACACAGAGGGGCCUGAGUGUGACCGCUGCAAGCCCUUUCACUAUGACCGGCCGUGGCAGAGGGCCAACGCUCGAGAGGCUAACGAGUGUCUGCCGUGCAACUGCAACCUGCAUGCUCGGCGCUGCCGAUUCAACAUGGAGCUGUACAAGCUGUCAGGCAGGAAGAGUGGAGGAGUCUGCAUGAACUGUCGCCACAACACGGCCGGACGUCACUGCCAUUACUGCAAGGAGGGAUUUUACCGAGACAUGGCCCGACCCAUAACUCACCGACGAGCCUGCAAAGCCUGUGACUGCCAUCCUGUGGGCGCAGCCGGCAAGACGUGCAACCAGACCACAGGCCAGUGUCCCUGCAAGGACGGGGUCACCGGAAUCACCUGCAACCGCUGCGCCAAGGGUUAUCAGCAGAGUCGCUCCCCUGUGGCCCCCUGCAUUAAAAUCCCUGUGGUCAACCCCACAGCUGUGGUGAGCAGCACGGAGGAACCAGCAGAUUGUGAAUCCUACUGUAAACCAGUGAAAGGCAAUUUAAAGAUCAAUAUGAAGAAAUAUUGCAAGAAGGAUUACGCGGUCCAAGUAAACGUCCUGGACAUGGAGACCGUUGGGGACUGGGCCAAGUUCUCGGUCAGCUUGGUGUCGGUGUACAAAAGCCGGGGCGAGCCCCUGAAGCGAGGCGACAACAUCCUGUGGGUGCACAUGAAGGACCUGGCCUGCAAAUGUCCCAAGAUCCAAAUGAGCAAGCGCUUCUUGGUGAUGGGCGGCAGCGAAGGGGGGACGGGCCCCGGGGCGGGGCCGGGAGUCGGAGCCACGAGUCCGGGGGCGGAGCGCGUGGGUUUGGUGGCUGAUAAGAACAGCCUGGUGAUCCAGUGGAGGGACGUUUGGUCGAGACGUCUGAGGAAGUUCCAACGCAAAGAGAAGAAGGGAAAAUGUAGUAAAGCGUGAUUGGAAACAGAGUCCCUACCUCUCCCUCCAUCACACCCCAUCAUGACUCCUCCUCCUCCUUACUCCUCCUUCAUAGGAAGAGAUAACAGACUGCAUGUACCCCACCUUUUGUAGGGACCAUGUUUGUGCAUAUUGUAUAAUUAUUUUCCUUUAUUAUAAUUUGUUUUUGAUGUGUUUGUAAAGCCACUCGUCUAUCAUUCAUAUGGUUUGCCUUAUAAAGGGACCGUUAAAAAGUAUUUUUGUUGCAGACAAAAGCGGACACCAGAGCCUGGACCAAUGACGACAGCAUAAGAAUCCACUUCUAUCCCUCAUUUACAAACUUCAAACUGUCCCGUCUGGCUUGUUUAGCUUCACUGCUCUUCUAUUCCAUUUGUUUGGAUUUGUUUUCACCUCGACGGCAGCAACUUCAGACUGACUUCAGAAGCUUGCAUUGUAGCAACACGACAAGCUGGAUCUCCUGACAUUCCCACAAAGAUCCUACCCUGCUGCUUCAGGUCUUUGUACCAACAUUUUUGGGAAUAUUAUAAAACAAAUCGAGGGCUCCAAAGCAAAUCCGUGCUGCCACAACAAACUGCACAUUUCCACUUUUUCCUACAAGUUUGUGUUUGCAAUAGCAUCUCCUCCAUUCCUAUCCCAGCCAAAGUCCUAUUUGUUGUUUCAUUUCAAGCAGGACAAACCUCCCUGUGAACCACAUUCGCCAUUAUUGGUUCUCACGGGUGGCUUAUAAAGUCACGCCUCACCAGUAUGAUUCACUGUCACUUUUCCUGGCCUCCGAGUGGACAAAUGAGAGGAAUUUCAGAACUAUUCCGUGACUUUUUGCCAAAUGGAUUUUCGUCUUCCGCUGGAUACAGUCUUCCAGAUGGUGCUCUGUGACUGAUGCCAUUUCAUUAAAUGUCUGUCGUCCUGAAGACGGGCAGGCUUUCGUCUGCCAAAAUAAAAGACCAAAAGACGA